GAGAUGGAAGUCAGUGACAGUCAGGAGGAAGAAGAAAUAACCAGAUAAGAGGAAACCACAACGUCAGCUAGAGAGUCAAAUUUUGCACAUAGUCCCGAGACCUUAUACAACAAUUCGGCAGACGAACUGAGGGCGGAUACUGGAAUUAAACUAAGGGUUGAUUUCAUCCGUAUCCUUAUAUCACAGGAAAUCGUCCGCCUCCGCCCCCAGUGAUCAAGAAAUUAAACCGUUUUCUGGCAGAUGGAAAAACAGGCCGGAGCUGCCGGGACGGCGGACGGAGCAGGGCCAAACAGGAAGCCCUGGGGCUCGCCAAACUUUGGACCAGCCACCGGUGAUACCCUGGACAGUCCAGCAGGUUCUCAUGUAGAGUGGUGUAAACAGCUGAUAGCAGCCACCAUCUCCAAUCAGAUCUCAGGAUCAGUCCCACCUGACAUCGUGAACAAAGAUAAAAAGCAGGAUUUACAUGAUGAAGGGCUUUGUUACCAUAAAGAAAGUGAUUCUGAGCAUCCUUCCAAGGCUAUGAACCUUCCAGCUCUGAGAUACGGGGCACAGGUCAGAAUGUUCCAGAACCAGGUUCCUCUGCUGCCAGGAGAAACCAUCCAGACUACAGUCAAGGAUGUGAUGUAUAUCUGUCCAUUCAGUGGUCUGGUUAAUGGGACUCUGACCAUCACGGACUACAAGCUCUACUUCACCAGUGUGGAAAGGGAGUCUCAAUUCAUCCUCGAUGUGAACCUGGGAGUCAUCAGCAGACUGGAGACCAUCAGUGUUCCCACUCAAGGAGAGAACACCAAAGGACUAGAGCUGGUCUGCAAGGACAUGAGGAGUCCCAGGUUUGCCUAUAAGACGGAGGAGAGCCAUCCAGAUGUGGUAGAGGCGGUGGCCAAACAUGCCUUCCCAAUCUCCCACAACUUGCCUCUGUUCGCCUUUCGUUACGAGGAACAGUUUCCUGUGGAUGGCUGGAAGGUGUACGACCCAACAGCAGAGUACAGGCGUCAGGGUCUCCCUAAUGAGAGUUGGGCCAUCAGUAAGAUUAACAGCACUUAUGAAUUGUGUGACACCUAUCCCUCCAUCCUGGUCAUCCCCACCAACAUUACAGAUGAAGACAUCAAACGAGUGGCUGUGUUCAGAGCCAAGCACCGCGUACCGGUCCUAUCCUGGAUCCACCCAGAGUCUCAAGCUACCAUUGUACGCUGCAGCCAGCCCUUAGUUGGACCUUCAGAUCGUCGCUGUAAAGAGGACGAACGCUUCCUCCAAAUCAUCAUGGAUGCCAAUGCCCAGUCCCACAAACUCACCAUCUUUGAUGCCCGGCAGAGUAGUGUGGCAGUCACCAACAAGGCGAAGGAUGGAGGGUAUGAAAGUGAAAGUUUCUACCCCAAUGUGGAGCUGAAUUUCCUGGAAAUCCCCAACAUCCAUGUGAUGAGGGAGUCGCUGAGGAAGAUGAAGGACGUGGUUUAUCCCACCAUAGAUGAAGCCCACUGGCAUUCUGCUAUCGACCAGACACACUGGUUGGAGUACAUACGGCUGUUAUUAGCGGGUGCAGCAAAAAUAGCUGAUAAGCUAGAGUCUGGGAAGACGUCAGUGGUGGUUCACUGCAGUGAUGGCUCGGACAGGACCGCUCAGCUCACCUCUCUGGCUAUGUUGAUGCUGGACAGCUACUACCGCACACUAAGAGGAUUCCAGGUUCUGGUGGAGAAGGAGUGGAUGAGUUUUGGACACAAGUUUGCAGCACGUGUCGGUCAUGGUGAUGAGAACCAUGCUAAUUCAGAGCGCUCCCCUCUCUUCGUCCAGUUUAUCGACUGUGUUUGGCAGAUGACUCGACAGUUCCCAGCAGCCUUUGAAUUUAAUGAGCUGUUCCUGAUCACAGUGCUGGACCACCUCUACAGUUGUCUGUUUGGUACAUUCUUUUAUAACAGUGAAGAGGAGAGGGCAGCCAAAGAGGUGCAGACAAAGACUGUGUCCCUGUGGUCAUACAUUAAUAGCCAGCCAGAGGACUUCACCAACCCCUUCUAUGUGGACUAUGAGCACCAUGUUCUGUAUCCACUAGUGUCCUCCAGACACCUAGACCUGUGGACAAGCUACUACGCCCGCUGGAACCCACGCAUGAGACCACAGCUGCCGGUGCACCAGACACUGAAGGAGCUGCUGAUCCUGAGAGCAGAGCUGCAGAAGAGGGUGGAGGAGUUGCAAAAAGAGACCUCCUCCCACUCGCUGUCCUCCUCCUCUGAACAUUCCCCCUCCCCUACACACACCAUAGGAACUCCACUGCACACCGCUGUCUGACACACACACACACACACACACACACACACACACACACACACACACACACACACACACACACACACAUAUCAGAAACACCCCUAUCAUUUUCUACCAGUCAGACACAUAGUUAAAUGCAUGUUUUAGGCCAAUUACUAAAAAACUGAUAAUAACCAUGUUUACAAUGUGAGGGAUUCUUACAUUUAUAUUAACAUUCCUAAAUUUCUGCAAAAACAUUUUUAGCAAAGUAAAAUGAUCUCAAGAUGUUUGUAAAGUUUCUUAAAAUGUAUUUAAAGAAAAUAUUAACUAGCCUGACAGAAAAUCAGUGACCUUAAUGAACCUUCCUGUGCUUAUUUAUAUUUUAAAAUUUUCACCUACUUCAGAACAGCCAGGUAGCCCUGUACUGUGGCAAUAUUUGUGUAUCUUACCGUUCAAUUUCAGACUUGACUUUCAGCUCAGUAAAGGAGCCACCAGUUUUACCUGCAUGUGUUUGAAUUUUUGUAUGAAGAAAGCUUAGAUUGUCUCAGGGCUCUGUUAUUCAUAAGACUGCAGAAGGCUGUCUGUCACAUUUUGCAAAUGAUUGCAGUUAUUUAGUAUUCAAAUAAAGUAACUGCAUACUCCCUCAAACUCCUCUUUGUAAGUUUUUGAGUGAUCAGUGAUCUUCCUCAAGAUUAGAAUCAUGGCCAUUAGCUACACCAUAGUUCUGUGUUUUGUUGUGGGAAGACAGAGUUCAACUUUUUUUGUUCCGCCAACAAAAAGCUUAACAUUAUUAAGGUGGGAAAAAAAUAAUGGUAAAAAUCUUAGAAUAUAGGAAUCAAAUUUUUUUUGAAUGUUUUUUGUUUCCCAGCCUUAGCCUGUAGUUCUUACCACCAUCCAGAUCCCACCCCUUUUGUAAAGGCAUUGACACCUACUUUUGACAUGCAAACACUGUGACUUGCGUUACAUGGAGCAUCGAACAGCUUUCUUCAUUGUUUGACAGCUGCUUUUCCACUCUCUGAUAUCUAAACACUGCCUUACUUUACAUUUUACUUUAUUUGUCUAAAAAAAACUUCAUUUGUUUACAUUGCCUUUCCAUGUGUCAACUAUAUCACUGGUCCCACAUCCCUAUAGUGUAAUUUUUUUUUUUUUUUUUUUUUUUUUUUCUUUCAUUGCUAAUCACUUUGUCCUUUACUUUUUUUACAAACAAACCUAUAAUCACACUGUCUACCUUUGGAAGCUGAAUUGUGAAUGUUGUCUUUAUAUGUAAAUAACAUGUCUUUCUGAUUAUGUAAAGUUAAACACAGAUGAGCCAUAAUCACUUCUGACAUUCCGUUUUAAAAGUAAAAA